AUGUGCUCGACUUCCUUGCUGCCGACGCCGGGAGCCUCGCUAGCCCUGCAGGUGUCCUUCGUGGAUGUGCAACCCGAGGUGAUCCCGGUACAGCUAUGGGGGCUGGUGGGCGAGCGGCGGGAAGAGUACGUGCGGCUGAGCCAGGAGAUCCAGGAGGCGGCGGCCACGUGCGGCGCGUGGGGGCUGGGUGGCGCCUCAGCCUCACGGGGUGAGCUGUGCCUGGUGCAGGUGGGAUUGAUGUGGCAUCGUUGCCGCAUAGUCAGCCGGCAGGCGCAGGAGACCCGCGUCUUCCUCCUGGACGAGGGCCGCACCAUCAAAGCGGGUGCUGGCUCCUUGGCGCCCGGGCGCAGCGAGUUCUUCCACCUGCCCUCCGAGGUGCUGGGCUGCGUGUUGGCGGGCUUGGUGCCUGCGGCCCGCGGCGGCGUUGGCGGGGGCGAGCCCCAGCAUUGGCCAUCCAGUGCCGUGGACUUCCUUAGCAGCCUGCAGGGCAAGGAAGUGCACGGGCGGGUCCUGGACGUGCUGCACCCCCAUCGCCUGGUCCUUUUGGAGGUGCCUGGUCUGUUCCAGCAGAUGCAGGAGCUCGGCCUGGCUCGCCUGGUGCCCGACAGCCUCUUCCGCUCCUUGCUGAAGCGCUACCUCAAAGCGGCCGCUGAAGGCAUGGGCCCCGGGACACCCGUUCUCCCACGAGUCCUGCCUAAGCAAGAACAACUUGGUCUAGAUUACUUCUAUCCCCAGCUGCAAAUGGGCGUGACGGAGCCAGUAGUGGUAACCCAAGUAUGCCAUCCCCACCGCAUUCACUGCCAGCUUCGCAGCCUCUCGCAGGAGAUUCGCCACCUCUCUGAGAGCAUGGCCCAGGUAUACCACGGGUCGAAGAGGACAGGAGAUGAGAACUGUACCAGAGCCACCUGGGAGGAGAGGGAGGGAAAGGAAGAGAACCCAGACAAGCCAGGUGCUCCUUGUGCUUCCUGUGGACUAGAUGGACAUUGGUACAGGGCGCUCUUGCUUGAAACUUUUCGGCCACAGUGCUGUGCCCAGGUCCUUCACGUAGACUAUGGAAGAAAAGAGUUAGUGAGUUGUAGUAGUCUUCGGUACUUGCUGCCUGAGUAUUUCCGGAUGCCUGUGGUGACCUACCCUUGUGCUUUGUAUGGACUCUGGGACCGUGGGAGAGGCUGGUCUAGAUCACAGAUUGGUGACCUGAAAGCACUGAUACUGGGCCAGGCAGUGAAUGCAAAGAUUGAAUUUUAUUGUUCCUUUGAGCAUGUGUACUAUGUCACACUGUAUGGAGAAGAUGGAAUUAAUCUUAACUGUGUAUUUGGAGUACAGUCAUGUUGCUUGGCUGACAGAUUCCUUCAGAAUCAGGGGAUAGAUGAGGAAGAGGAGGAGGAAGAAGAAACAGAAACAGCUCUUCACUCUCAGUCUCUUUCUGAAGAAAUGGAUGAAGAGAUUUCACUCCCCACCUUAAGAUCUAUCAGGUUAAAGUUGAAUGCCUUCUAUGAUGCCCAGGUAGAGUUUGUUAAAAAUCCUUCUGAGUUUUGGAUUAGGUUGAGGAAACACAAUGGCACCUUCAACAAGUUGAUGAGGAGAAUGUGUAGUUUCUAUUCCUCGGCCACUAAGCUGAAAGGUGUAGUUUUGAAACCUGAACCUGAUGACCUUUGCUGUGUCAAGUGGAAAGAAAAUGGCUAUUAUCGGGCCACCGUCACCCGAUUAGAUGACAAAAGUGUAGAUGUAUUCCUGGUUGACCGAGGCAAUUCAGAAAAUGUAGACUGGCAUGACGUAAGAAUGUUGCUUCCUCAGUUUAGGCGGCUACCAAUAUUGGCUCUGAAGUGCACUCUAGCAGAUAUUUGGCCUUUGGGGAAAAGUUGGAGUCAGGAAGCAAUUUCCUUCUUUAAAAAGACUGUGCUCCACAAAGAAUUAGUUAUACAUGUCCUUGAUAAGCAAGAUCAUCAAUAUAUUAUUGAGAUUCUUGAUGAAUCAAGAACUGGGGAAGAAAACAUCAGUAAAGUAAUUGCUCAAGGUGGAUAUGCCAAGUAUCAGGAAUUUGAAACAAAGGAUCACAUCCCACUAAGUGCCCACUCCCCAGGGCAUAUUUCAAGCCAUUUUACUGCAGAGCAUAGCAAAAUAUCUUCUAUCAGGAAGGUAGAAAUAGACCAGGGAGGAAAGCCAGAUCUUAAAACUACAAUUUCAGAAGUUUUGACUGGCAAAACAGUUGUUACAAAUGUUUCAGCUGGACUGGGUUUUCAGGAAAAAGAGAAAAGAACAUCUGUUUAUACUUCACUUACACAGAAUUCCUUGAAAAUUAAGCCAGGUUCUUCUUAUAAAGGAGAGCUAGAAGUUGGAAGUACAGUAGAAGUCACAGUGUCUUAUGUUGAAAACCCUGGCUAUUUCUGGUGCCAGCUGACUAGGAACAUUCAAGGUUUUAGAACUCUAAUGUGUAAUAUUCAGGACUAUUGCAAAAAUAUAGCUACUCCUUAUCAGGGAACCACCCCAGCUUGUUUGGUAAAAAGAACAGUAAAUGGAAAAUGGUCCAGAGCUCUGAUUAGUGGGGCACAAUCUGCAGAGCAUGUCAAAGUAAUAUUUGUAGAUUAUGGAGACAAAGACAUGGUCUCCGUGAAGAAUAUUUACUCAAUUAGUGAAGAGUUUCUUAAGGUUAAGGCUCAGGCUUUUAGAUGCAGUCUGUAUAAUUUAAUUCAACCAAUUGGUCAGAAUCCUUCUGUUUGGGAUGAAAAGGCAAUACAAGCUUUUAGUGAGUUUAUAGAUAAUGCAUGGGAAGGGAAUCUAGAAUUAAAAUGCACAAUAUUUGCUUUGGCGUCUGUAAAUGAUGAAGAACUCUUUAAUGUUGUAGAUUUGCUAACACCUUUUCAGAGUGCAUGCCACACUUUGGUAGAAAAGGGACUUGCAAGACCAGUAAAACUUAAGAAGCCUCUAGAGCCCUCUUUUCGGCUACACUCCUACUACUAUUCUACACAUGAUAUGAAAAUUGGAAGUGAGGAGUCAGUGUACAUAACACAUGUUGAUGACCCUUGGACAUUUUAUUGUCAACUGGCAAGAAAUGCAAACAUUUUGGAACAGUUAUCAUACAAUAUUACACAAUUAAGUAAAGUUUUACUGAAUUUAAAAACAUCUCCGUUGAUCUGUGGAACCUUGUACCUUGCCAAGUAUACUGAUGAAAACUGGUACAGGGGGAUAGUAGUAGAAAGAGAACCAAAUAAAAUCUUCUUUGUUGAUUUUGGGAAUGUUUAUAUAGUAACAAAUGAUGAUCUGCUUCCUAUACCUAGUGAUGCAUAUGAUGUCUUACUUUUACCUAUGCAAGCUGUUAAAUGUUCAUUAUCUGAUAUUCCUAAUCAUAUACCAAAAGAAGUUACAGCAUGGUUUCAGGAUACUAUUUUAGAUAAGUCACUAAAGGCAUUGGUUGUAGCAAAAGAUCCAGAUGGAAGACUCAUUAUAGAACUGUAUGAUGGCAGUAUUCAAAUUAAUGCUAAUAUUAAUGAGAAGUUAGAGCUACUUGGUUACAACGAUAGAGCAAGGAAAACAGAAGAAAGUAAAACACUCCUCUAUACAGCUGAAACUCUUGAAGAAAAAAAUAAAAAUAUGAAGUUGUUACCUACAGAACAUUUAAGUAAAUCAGUAGAGGACAAAUUAUACAGGAUGGAGAUCUUGGGAGAAUCAUACACACCUAAAAUAAGCUCAGUGUGUAAAGAACCCAAACUUUUACAGAGUGCAACAAAGACAAACUUAGUCCCUAAACAUCAGAACUCCAUGGGAGAUAAAAAUAACCUAGUGUCUCUAUUAACAACUGAAAAGAAGGAAGGAAUUUUUGCUAAGUCACCAUUGAAGGCCGCAAAACUAGAAGCCAUUGCUUCAGAGAGAAAAACAGGAGAAUAUAAUAAAGAUAUACCUCUUAAAUUUUCUGAGCUCCCUCAGAAGACUAUAUUGCCUGGUUUUAAAACAUCUGUUUAUGUUUCUCACAUAAAUGACCUUUCAGACUUUUAUGUUCAACUAAUGGAAGAUGAAGCUGAAAUUAAUCAUCUUUCCAAGAGAUUAAACAAUGUUAGAACAAGACCUGAAUAUUAUGCAGGUCCACCUUUGCAAAGAGGAGAUAUAAUAUGUGCCAUUUUUCCGGAAGACAAUUUAUGGUAUCGGGCUGUGGUCAAGGAUCAACAAACUGAUGACCGUUUAUCUGUACAGUUUAUAGAUUAUGGCAAUGUUUCUGUGGUUUGUACUAACAAAAUAGGUACACUUGACCUAAUCAAUGCAAUGUUGCCAGGACUGUGCAUUCAUUGCUCGUUAAAGGGAUUCUGGGAUUCUGAGAUUAUAAACUGUAAGGAAAUGAUGCAUUACUUUUCCCAAAGAACAGAUGAGGCUCAAAUAAGAUGUGAAUUUGUUAAAUUUCGAGAUAGAUGGGAAGUUAUUCUUGCUGAUGAACAUGGGAUCAUAGCAGAAGAUAUGAUUAGCAGAUACGCUUUCAGUGAGAAAUCUCAAGGAGGACUUUCUACUCGAGUAAUUAAAGGCACCCAUUCAAAGCCUAUUAACUCAAACAUUGACAUUUCAGUAUUUCUUAAUUGGUAUAAUCCAGAGAUGAAGGUAGUAAGAGCUUAUGCAUCUGUGAUAGAGGGACCUGAGUACUUUUGGUGUCAAUUUGCUGAUACUGAGAGACUUCAGUAUUUAGAAGCUGAAGUACAAACUGCUGGACAACUUGUAGCAAAGUGGAGAAAUUGUAUCACAUAUCCUCAUAUUGGAGAUCCUUGCAUAGUGAAAUAUAGAGAAGAUGGACAAUAUUACAGGGCACUUAUCACCAAUGUUUGUGAAGAUUAUCUUGUAUCUGUCAGGCUUGUGGACUUUGGAAACACUGAAGACUGUGUGGACCCAAAAGCACUCUGGAAUAUUCCUUCUGAACUUCUGUUGGUUCCCAUGCAAGCUUUUCCAUGUUGCCUCUCAGGAUUUAAUAUUUCAGAAGGAGUGUGCCCUCCAGAGGGAAAUGACUAUUUUUUUGAAAUAGUAACAGAAGAUGUGUUGGAACUAACGAUAUUGCAGAUCAAAAGGGAUGUUUGUAAUAUCCCUUUAGCAAUUGUUGACUUGAAAAGCAAGGGUGAAAGUAUUAACGAGAAAAUGAAGAAAUAUUCUAAGAUUGGUAUUACUGACGGUGAUCUAUCCUAUGAAAAAUGUGGUCCAGAGAGAAAGGGAGCUUUUGGGUACCUUAGUCCUGAUGUUGGACCUAAGAAACAACGUAGUAAAACUCAACAGGAUGAAGCACUGCGUGUGGAACCACAGAUAGAUGAAAUCUCUGAAAAAAUUGAAGAGGAUUUAAAUAUUAUUGAAAGUAAACCAUGUAAAUCCUAUGACCAUGAAACUAAUGAUAGUUUUGAAGCUUUUGAAAACUCAUGCACAGAUAAAAUUGGUAGUGAUGUUCUAGAAGGUGAAGUAGAGGGUCAUUUGGUUGACAAAACAAAGCUUGAUAAAUACCUAAGUAUGAGACAUAACAAAUUGUCACCUUGUGCUAGUGAAACAAAGGAGGUAUCAGAACUGAAUUCACUUGAGUUGCCACUUUCUCCUGAUGGUGAACCAAAAGACUUCUUAGAACUAGAGUCCAUUGAGUUGCAGCUUUCAUUACUUGGGAAGGAAGAUAAAGAAGAGCUUGCCCUGGUGCCACCAAUUAUGCCACUUUCCCCAGGUGGUGAUGCAGAAGCCACCCUGGAGCCCUUUACAGAACAGCUUCCACACAGUGAUGAAGCUGAGAAACAACCAGAACUGGGACUACAUCUAUCUCUAGAUGACAAAAUAAACCCUUUGCCUUUAAAACUUAGUCAGAAAGCCCAAGAGUCUGUGUGUGCUGCGGACACCAGAAAGUCAAGUUGCGUGGAAUGUUUUGAUGAGCCGCUCAGGUUACCAUUGAAUCUACAUGGAAAGAAUUGUAAUCCCAAAAUGCCAAUCAAAAUGAAUAUAUUUGAAGAGGAAUUGACAGAAUGUAACAGGGAUGCCAUUUCUUCAUUAAUUUCUUUGUUCUCUGAAGAGGAAUCUGGAGAGGAAAGGAAAUACAAUAAUGCUUUACCAGAUCAUGUCUCAGAGAGCACUUAUGCACUGAAAGGAUUCACAGUUGGAUCCAAAUGUGUUGUGUGGUCAAGUUUAAGAAACACGUGGUCAAAGUGUGAGAUUUUGGAAAUAGCUGAAGAAGGCACAAGGGUUUUGAACCUUUCAAAUGGUGUGGAGGAAAUAGUAGAUCCUGAGAAUGUCUGGAAUGGCAUACCCAGCUUUGAUAAGAGUCCAUCUGAGGCUGUAUUCCAAACAGUGGGAAAAGAUCUUUACCUCAUGUCGCUGGAUGAUACUGCAAUUAAAGGAAAGGGUUCCAGAGAUGGUACAGAUCUAACUGUGGAUCCAUAG